UCUGGGCUCACAUCAAUCAUCUGAAAAGACUCCCCAUAUUGAAGCGGUGAGGUGAUCUCGCUCCCGUUGCUUUUGUGACACAACGAACAGUUUUUCCAGGUUCCCACAGUAGUCGUUCGCAGUGUUAAUGGCGGGUGCGAGUGGUAGUGUUAGGUCAAUGAAUCCAGGGUUCCUUCAUCUUCAGAAGCUCGCCCUCGAGCUCAAAUGUCCUCUCUGCUUAAACUUUCUGAAGAAGCCACAUUUGCUGCCUUGCGAUCACAUCUUCUGCGGGUCGUGCCUCCCCGAAUCCAAGCAGUUAGCCGUGGGAUGCCCUUCCUGUAAAGCUCCCUAUGCUGAUGAAGAUACUAGGCAUCUACCUUUCAUAGAGAACCUUGUUACUAUCUACAAAGGAUUGGAUGCUGCUCUUCGUGUCACUGCAAUGCAGUCCGUUGGUUCUGAUUCCAAAACUCUGGACAGCAAAGAGGAGUUUCUUAAAGCUAGCUUCAACCACAACAUUCAUGCAAGAAGUUGCUCAUUUUCACCAAUGAGCAAGAAAUUGUAUCCCCUUCCAUCAACUUCUGUUGGAAGUGUGGGUAGAGAGAAUGGCUUGUCAGAUAAGUGUAGUGUGCCUCGGGGCCUAGAAAAUAACAAUAAAAACACGGUCGAAGAUGGUGGGCGCAAAGCUAAACCAAAUGCCCAGUCUCCACCUGUAAAUUCUCGGACAAGAACCCAAUGGUUGGAAGAUUAUGGAACUGCAAUUCAUGUAGACCAGUUGUCACUUUGUAGUCCUUCAUUUGGUGAUGUCAAGAAUUCUGAGAAUGACAGUAAUGAUCAAGGUGGUGAAGAUACUCCACAAAAUCAUACCAUAGCAUUGGCCAAGCAAAAUUCUGUUGACAACCAAAGACUGGUGGGACAUGACAGCUCUGCUUCUGGCUCUUCUGAGGAACAUACGAGAAAUUCUAAGAGACAAAGGUUGAACUACAGUUUAGAAGAUACAAGCUUUCAUAAGGCUGGUCCUUCUGAGCCAAGAGGUUCUCAAGUUGAAAAGCUGGAAACUUCUGAUGUUCGCAAUCAUGCAGCAUCAAAUCAGCUGUCCGCAGCAAAAACUGUCUGUAGGUUUUGUCAGUCCUCUAACGUCUCAGUGGAAACUGGCCCACUGUUGCAUUUCCUAAAUGGGAAUCAGGUUGAAGGACAUGAAGCUACCUUGUCCACUGCAUUGCAUGUUCACAAGAUUUGUAUCGAUUGGGCACCUAAGGUAUACUUUGUUGAUGAUACUAUCCAGAACCUGAAGGAAGAGUUGGCUCGGGGUGCAAAACUUAAGUGCAGUAAAUGUGGGAAAAAGGGAGCAGCACUAGGUUGCUAUGUCGAAUCUUGCAGGAAAAGUUAUCAUGUUCCCUGUGCAAUGGAAAUCUCUGGAUGCAGAUGGGAUUUUGAUAAUUACCUUCUAUUUUGUCCUGGCCAUUCUUCUCACAAAUUUCCAGACGAGAAGUCCAAGCAUGUGAAACAGAAGUUGAAAGUUGAUCAGAAUUCGAACGAUGAUCCUGAGUUGGCUAAAACAGCCUCGGAGCAGUCAAAUCCUUGGCUAGGUUCAAAGAAAUGGCUUUUCUGUGGAUCUGCUCUUUCUGCUGAAGAGAAGGUUAGUUUGAACUGAUGAUUUCUUAAGUGCCUAGUCCAUAAUGCAUCUACUGCUGUGCUGAAGCCUAAAUCUGUUAGAAUUUCAAGAAGCGAAUGCUUCUGUAAUGUCUUUAAACUCUUAGUUCUGAUUUAACCAUUUGAGUACCAUGAUAGCGAGUUUGACUUGAAACUUGGGGAUAAACAAAAUGUUCAGUGAACCUUAUGUCUCCUGAAGAGGUAAUCUUAGUUGGCUAUAUGUAGUUGCACAAAAGUACACAUCUGUAAGCUGUUAGUUUUUAUGUCAACUUAUAUCUAAACGAUGCCAACACAGUAGACGUUGGUUGUCAUGGCAGUGUAUGCUAGUGGAGUUUGGCAACAAAAUUGAUGUUCCAGUGACGAAAUUUUGGAGACCGGAUGUCACACAUGUGAUUGCAUCCACAAAUACAGAGGGGGCGUGCACUAGAACACUGAAAGUUCUCUUGGCCAUUCUGAAUGGAAAAUGGGUUCUAACAAUUGACUGGAUAAAGGCAUGCAGGGAGGCCAUGCAACCUGUCGAUGAAGAACCUUAUGAAGUUAGACUUGACAAUAAUGGAUCUUGCGAUGGGCCAAAGACCGGGAGACUUAAUGCCUUGAAUAAUGCAAUUGAUAGUUCUUUCCCAUUCUUAACUUCUGCUUUCUCCUUGCUGGUUCUCUUAUUUCAGGGUCCAAAACUCUUCCACCAGUUAAACUUCUACCUCUCUGGUGACUUUGUACCUGCCUACAGAAAAGAUCUCCAGAAUUUAAUCGUCGCCGGGGGAGGUACAGUUUGGGGGAGCAAGGAAGAGUUCUUGGAGAUGAGCAAGCAACACAAGGAAGGCGGCGGCGACGGAGCUUCACCAACAACAUUAGUUGUUUACAAUCUCGAUCCUCGACCGGGCUGCAAGUUGGGCGAAGAAGUGUCGAUUCUCUGGGAAAGGCUUGAUGAAGCAGAGGAUGUAGCUGCUAAAAGUGGAUCCCAAGUAACUGGUCAUACUUGGCUGUUGGAAUCAAUAGCUGCAUGUCUCAGCUCUGCCUGUGGUUUAGCGCCAAGAACUGUUGCAUACUCUACGGUGAACCAAUCAGACGACGCCUCGUGGGAAGCUCAGUUGAAAUGGUUUCUUGUGGGCUGAGAUACAAGUUUGGGUACACGUCCAUAUGGAAAAUUGUGGAGACGGAGAAAAUGCUGCUGUUUUUGGCGGUUAUUAUACAGAGUUUCAUUUUCGGCCGGCUGAAGAGUCUGUCCGAGUUCCCCAUCAGUCUCUCAACUGUUAAUUUGUUUCCUCUUCCUCACUCAACUUUUUGGCCUGAACCAAAGCUUUGUACUCAUCGAAAUCCUCCGUCUUUUCUCUUUAACUCUCCCCAUUGUUUGGGGAUGUCGCUAUCUGCCGGCGGGGGGAUGCAAAUCCAAAUAAAAAAAAGAUGGUAGUCAAUCGCUUUCCUAAGAUUUGACGAAAUAGAGGGGAAGCACAAAGCUGGAAAUAAUUGAGGCUUGAGAGGGACAUAUAGAUGGUCUUUUAUUUUACAGCUUUAGAUCCCGUUAACAAAUUUGGAGUAUGAUAAUCAGAUAAUGUAUCUUAAACAUAAAAUAAUGCAC